CCCCUCGCCCCGCGCGGCCGCUCCCUGCAGACGGGAUGCGGCGCCGCUCGCGGGCGCGGCGGGGCCUGGUGGCGGGCCCUGGUUGGGGGCUGUCGCUUCUCCUUUAAGAAAAAAAAAAACGCCCCGUCGGGCGGCGGGUGAAAGUCGGUGACAAAAUGGCGGCCGGCGCAAGGGGGGCGGGGCCAGCGCGAGGGGGCUCCGCCCACUUCCGCCGGGUCUCCGCGCAUGCGCUCGGCCUGCCGGGACUUGUAGUCCAGCGGGGCGCUGGUGCGGCCUGGCCGGAAGUGGGCGUCAGGCACGCUGGGGCUGCGGGUUGAGCGCCUGGCCUUCCGGCGGGGCUGUGAAACCGCCUGCGUUAAGUAGCUCUGCGUUGUCAGUUGACAGUUAAUUCCAUUCUAGAAACCAACAGAGAGUCUGUGAGAGUGCUCUAAUAACCUGUCAUACUGUGGAGAACCACAGCCUGGUUCCUCGGCAAAGACACCAGGCCGUGGGUAGGAGGUGACUGUCCUAAUGUGAGAGCCUCCUGUCACUCUCUGGGUUAAUUGCUCCUCUGUAGGCAGGACAUGAGAUUGCUUAAUACUCAUCAAAAUGUCUUGGCUAAAGCAUUGCAUGGAAAUACAGCUCAGCUCAGGACGGCUCAGCCAUCCACAUGCAUUGAGCUUGAGUUUUGUAAUGUUACAGCUUCAGAUGCUUCUUUGCUGAAGAGGCCUCAUCAUCAUUGAGGGGAGAGUCAAUCAGUGAGGUGCCUAAAAAUAACCCAAGACCUUCAGCAGACAGGAAGGUUUUUUUAUUUGCAAAAGAGGAAGUGUCUGACACAACAACCCUGCCUCAGAGCCACAGUAAGAGAGUAACCACCCGCACUCAUCUUGCCUUUGGGUGGCUCUUGUAUUGCUCGCCCUGAAACAUGCCAUGGGGCCUGGGGUUUGGCUUCCAUGUGGCUUUUCCUGAGACAGCGCCCCGCUGAAUGUCCUCACUGUGGGACAAUAACAAAAGAGCUGUCACCAGCAUGGAGAGUGUCAGUAACUAAAUGAACCUUGGCGUGUCAGCUUGGUACAAAAGGGCUGAAUUCCACCUUAGGGCUGAGCUGGUUACAAAUGGUUGCUUGUUCCAAACGAUCCUCUUGCCAGGGGCGAAAUAGAGGAGGUGGCAGCAGAGAUGUGACGCCAGGGAACAUGGGAGAGAGAUCAAAGACAUCCCUAUGGCAUGGGAGGGGUGACAGAGGCGAGGCUGUGACAGGACAAGAUGUGUUACUGCAGGAGAAGCAGCAGGGAGCCAUGGGCUCUGCCAGAAUGACGCUUUGCUGGCAGAGCUGGAGCAGAGCUCCCACCCAGCCCACAAGGACUGCAUGCUGCUGACACCCAGCUCUGUGCACCAGGAUGCACCCUCAGGCAAGCCUCCAGCCCCCAGCAGCCAGAAGCCACUUGCCUCGGCAGCCCCAAAGGUGCCACUGCCACCUCGGUCUCAGCCUUCGGGCAAGAAUUUGGAAACUGUGUACAGCAGCCCCACGCCGACCCCACAACCACUGCCUGCUUCACCUGAACCCACAGUGGCUGCCCGGCAGCUGGAUGAGCUCCUGGCUGACCUGGGCCAGAUGCAAAGCAAGCAGCUGGCAGCAGUGGGGCAAGGAGCUGGAGCACCAGUGGGCCCCGAACACUCGCUGGACCACAUGCUGGGUGGCCUGACACGGGACCUGCAGGAGCUGGGCAUCACCGCUGCUCCUGCCGCCGUCUGUGCCUCCUGCCACAAGCCCAUCGCCGGCAAGAUGUUCACGGCCCUAGGGGAAGCCUGGCACCCCGAGCACUUCACCUGUGCCCGCUGCGGGCAGGAGCUGGGUGGGCAGCCCUUCUUUGAGCGUGGCGGGAAGGCGUACUGCGAGGAGGACUACCACCAGGCCUUCUCCCCACGCUGCGCCUACUGCGCUGGCCCCAUCCGUGAGAGAGUCCUUACCGCCAUGGACCAGACCUGGCACCCCGAGCACUUCUUCUGUGCCCACUGCGGGAAGGUGUUUGGAGAUGACGGUUUCCAUGAGCGCAGCGGGAAACCCUACUGCUUCCAGGACUUCAUGGCCCUCUUUGCCCCCAAGUGCCAGGGCUGUGAGCGACCGCUGACGGACAACUACCUGUCAGCCCUGCAGGGCGUCUGGCAUCCUGAGUGCUUCGUCUGUGCGGACUGCUUGAGCAACUUUGCCAAUGGCUCCUUCUUCGAGCUGGAGGGACGGCCCUACUGCGAGCUGCACUUCCACCAGCGGCAGGGCAGCGUGUGCCACGGCUGUGGGCACCCCAUCACUGGCCGCUGCAUCACAGCUGCCGGGCGCAAGUACCACCCCGAGCACUUCAUCUGCGCCUACUGCCUGAGCCAGCUGCACAAAGGCACCUUCCGGGAGCACGGGGACAAGAUAUACUGCCGGGCCUGCCACGACAAGCUCUUCCUUUGAGCUUCAGGCUCCCUCUGUGCUUCUAGGAGCUGCCGCUUUGCUUGGCUUCCUUAUCCUCAGCACCAAGAGCGUUGUCCUCGCUGAGCCAAAAAUCCCUGGGAUUGUAUCCCUCUCAGCAUCCCCAGCAUCGCCCUGGCUGAAGCAAACACCCCGCCUCUCGUCCCACCCCUCCACAACCACAGCAUUGUUCCUUCCACACCAGACGGCCCUGGCAUUACACCCACAAAACCCCAGCUUUCACUUGAGCAGGCUUCCCCCAGCCACUUUUCUUACAGCUGCUGCUGGUGCUAGAUAAGAAAACAUAACAUGUUUCUUAGAAAUUGCUAUUUCUUAACUUGUGCAAAUAAAUAAAGUCUACCCUGUGCUAGAUCAUGGAGAGCGGAAAUGCAGGGAGAGGCACAGCAGAAGGAAGCUGGGCUCUGGGGCUACAGUGGUUCAGCUCCUUCUGUUGCUCUGCUUCAGCAGACAUCAACCCCGUGGCAAACUUGUCCAGUGACGUAGGGCAGCCCAAGCUGUAACGAUAAGAAACGAGGUGGCGACCUAGUAUCCAACACAUACCCACACAAGGACACACUUUAAAAACUUUAUUUAUAUAAAAAAAUCAUUUUGUUUGAAAAGCGUUACAAGAGUGUGCACAGGAAUCAGACAAGGAACAGCGGGGUGCUCCUGCCCCCUCCCACCCUCACCCUGCAGCCAGCUCCCCUGCCCCGUGCAGGAGAGGAGGGAAGGGGGAAGCCUGGUUUUGUGGUUUGUUUUUUUGGUUCAUCUGGAAUUAAAAAAUUAAAAGGAA